UGUCUAUCCAUCGUCACCAUCCAAACCCCCCAAAACUUUCGAUGCCCUAAAUUUCAGAAAUCCCCAAAUUCGAUUACAAAUUUUGACCCCAAUAAAACCCUAACCGACUACUUGGGCCUUUCCAUUUCCCAUCCCUCCUUCUCUCCCCGUCCAUUCCUCCCCAAUCGCUCGCGAAUUAUCCGUCCAUAGAGCGCGCAGAGGCGUCCCAUUGCGUUGCCCUCAGAAUCGGGGGAGGAAGACGGAGAAUUCCGGUUCGAACUAUGCCCGAUAUGCCGGAGAAGGAUCAAAAUCACAACGCCCUGGCCUCGCCGACCAGCUCUAGAUCCGUCACCGAGACGAUAAACGGUUCGCACCGUUUCGUGAUCCAGGGUUAUUCGCUCGCGAAAGGCAUGGGCGUCAGCAAGCAUAUCGCCAGCGAGGAUUUCACGGUGGGCGGGUAUAAAUGGGCUAUUUACUUUUACCCCGACGGCAAGAAUCCCGAGGACAAUUCUGCUUACGUCUCGGUGUUCAUUGCGCUGGCGAGCGAGGGGACGGAUGUUCGAGCGCUGUUUGAGCUUACUCUUGUUGAUCAAAGUGGGAAGGAGAAGCACAAAGUCCAUAGCCAUUUCGAUAGGUCACUUGAGAGCGGACCUUACACUCUCAAAUACCGGGGCAGCAUGUGGGGAUACAAACGCUUCUUCCGGAGGGCCAUGCUUGAAAAUUCAGACUAUCUCAAAGAUGAUUGUUUGAAGAUAAACUGUACUGUUGGUGUUGUGGUUUCUGCUAUUGACUGCUCACGGUUGCACUCGAUUAAGGUUCCAGAGUCUGACAUAGGGUCACAUAUUGGUACGCUGCUGGAAAAUAAGGAAGGUUCUGAUAUUAUCUUUAAUGUGUCUGGGGAGAAGUUUCAUGCCCAUAAGUUGGUGCUGGCAGCCCGUUCCCUCAAAUUUAGAUCUGAAUUUCUUGAAACGUCGCACAGUAAUGAGGAAGAUAUUAUAGUGUCAGAUAUGGAACCCCAUGUUUUUAAGGCUGUGCUACACUUUAUAUACAGAGAUGCCUUAAUAGAAGAUGCACAGAUUGAAUCUAGUUCAUGUCAGAAUCCUUCAGUAGAUGACACACUUACUGCAAAGUUGCUGGAAGCAGCUGAUCGUUAUGAUCUAGGAAGACUCAAACAAAUGUGUGAAUCUCAUCUCUGCAAGGAUAUAUCUGUGAACUCUGUCACUCAAAUACUUUCUUUGGCAGAUCGCUAUAAUGCUAUUCAGUUGAAAGCUGUUUGCCUUAGAUUUGCUGCGGAGAACCUUGCAGCCGUCAUGCGGUCAGAUGGUUUUGAAUACCUCAAAGAAAAUUGCCCGGCCCUACAAUCAGAACUUCUCAAGACAGUGGCUGGCUGUGAUGAGGAUUGCAGCAGCGGUGGAACCAAGUCUCGCAGCGUCUGGGCUCAGCUCUCUGACGGAGGCGACACCACUGGUCGCAGGGUUAGACAACGUACGUGAUCUGAACUCAUAUGAUCUGAACUGAUCUUUUUUUUUUCUUUUUAUGUAAGAAAAAGAACACUUAGUACCUGUUAUUUCUGCAUUAUAUGUUGUGGGUUGUGCAUUGCGAAUAUCAAAAACAAUUGUACUUAAAGAAACAUCACCAUCGUCAUUGUCGUCAUAGUUUUGGAAUAUCUCUUGUGAUAGUUCAACAGCAGCAGUAGUAGUAGCACAUUUGUGUUUUGUGAUUCCCUUUAUUCAGUUUAGUUAAAAUUGGCAAACUUAGGUCCACACAA